GGCUGCCGGGAAGCCGGGAACAUGGUGGUCACCAGGUCGGCCCGCUAUCGGGCCGGUGUCCCAGUCCCGUCGGCUACAAGCACCUGGCAGAAGAAGUCUGCUGCUGAAGAGAUUCAGGCACAUCCAAAAGGCAGGACCGAAUCUGGAUAUGAUGGCCAGAGUCUUGGUGAACCACAGACGGAGAAACAAAGUUCAGCCCCCAGAAUUCCCAAAACCAGAAGGAGGAAGGGCAGAACCGCAGACUCCCUGGCAGAGGUCAUUGAACUCUCCGAUGGAGAUGCCUCUGAAGCAGAGUCAGGUUGCUCUUCCAUGUCUGAGGUCCAGGAGCCCAUGGUGAGAAUAACUAGGAGAAGGCAGAUCAUCAUCGCUCCCACCCCGGGGUCCACUUGCAGGAAGAGGAAGAAAAUAACUCCAAUAAAUGAGUCUCUUACUGAAGAAGUUGUCUCUGAAGGAGAAUCUCAUGCCUCAGGUAUUUCUAGGAUUGUGGCUUCCACAGAAAACAGCUCUAAAUCUCAACGAGAUCCAAGCCAAGAAUCACAUGCACAAGCUGUCUCAGACGUUGAGUCAUCAUGCUCAGACAUUUCAUCCUCUGGAAUUGCACCAGAGAGAACAGCCGAAAGUAUGCAGAGGAAGUUACAGGUACAGAGGGAGAAGAAAGAUACAAAGACUAUAGCAGGAAAUGAAAAGCAAAUUGUGGGCAAUUCUGUGACUUCAGAGGAUUCAGAUACCAGGCACACCCUUCAGUUAACAGCAGGAUCAUUUUCUCAGAAGAAUAAGCCAAAUUUCUAUAAUAGUGAAAUUUAUAAUGACUUUGAUGACUCCUCCCACAGAAAUUCAGAAAAUGUACUAUCAGUGCAAAACGACCAACAUUUUAAUAUAACAGAGGAAAAACAGGCCAGUGUUGCAUCUUUUAAAGAAACAAGAAAGCAGAAUUCUAAGAGUUUGAGUGAAGAUGUUGGAAUAACAGAGGAGGAAAAAAAAAUUAAUGAGGAAGGUUCUCAAGUGAAGAGCCUUUCUGAAUUUCAGGACACUAGCCAUCAGCAGUCAGUGUCUCAGAAGCACUCGGUCUCCCCAGUUAACAAAACCACAUCAAAGUUCUCAAAUCUGAACUGUGAGGCUAUAAUGAAAUCAUUAGCUCAAACAUUUGCAGUUGUUAAAGUGGACAGGUGGAAUGAAGACAGAAAGGGCACUGUAAAAACAAGUGACUUGACAAAGAUCAGUGACCAUGAUGAUAGUAAGGAUGAAGAGCCCACAAGUGUCGGUGUUGGUGGAGACGAGAACAGUGAAAAGAGCUCGGAUCAUGAGUGUGACACCAAACUCUGCAUGUCUGAGCUAAAUACAUCUCAGGAUAUAGGUGAUUCGGUCUUACUAGUCCUCAGCAGUGAUGAAAGCCAGCAGUCUGAAAACAGUGAGAUUGAAGAGGAGGACACCGUGUGCUUUGCUGAAAGUAGUGACCCAAAGGAGUCAUUAAGUGGAGCCUCGGAACAUGGGUCUUGUGACAAUGCCUUGUUUGUAAUUGACACAACUCCUGGAUUGAGUGCUGAUAAAAACUUCUACUUGGGAGAGGAAGACAAGACAAGUGAGGAAAAAAAGGAAGAGGAAGAGGAGGAGGAAGAGGAUGAAAGCAGUGAAGAAGAACCAUUGGACUCUGACAAAAGUAAAGAUGAUGAAUUUAGUGAUGAGGAGGACUUACUAAGUAACACAAAGUCUAAGCUUCUGAAGUUGACAAGUUCCAGCAUAGACCCUGGUCUGAAUAUCACAUUGGGUGGUUUGUACAUUAAUUUCAAUGCAGAUAGACUGCAAUCUAAGAGAACCCUAACACAGAUCAAGGAGAAAAAGAAGAAUGAGCUUCUGCAAAAAGCCGUUAUUACACCUGAUUUUGAAAAGAAUGAUUGUGUGCCGCCAUACAGUGAAUCAAAGCAUCAGCUUCAGAAAAAGCGCAGGAAAGAGCGAGAGCAAACAGCAGGCAAUGGCUGGUUUGGUAUGAAAGCUCCAGAAUUGACAGAUGAACUGAAAAAUGACCUCAAAGCACUGAAGAUGAGAGCAAGCAUGGACCCAAAAAGGUUUUAUAAGAAAAAUGAUAGAGAUGGCUUCCCUAAGUACUUCCAGAUUGGAACCAUCGUUGACAAUCCAGCUGACUUCUACCACUCACGAGUUCCCAAGAAGCAAAGGAAGAGAACCAUUGUGGAAGAGCUGCUGGCCGACUCUGAGUUCAGAAGAUAUAACCGAAGGAAGUACUCAGAGAUCAUGGCUGAGAAAGCAGCAAAUGCCGCAGGGAAGAAGUUCCGAAAGAAGAAAAAAUUCCGCAAUUAAGAUUGGCCAAGCAGGCUGCAGUGUUGUACAUUCCUCCUUGUGUGCUAAAGACGUCUGGAACCCAGCAUACCACACAGUCAGUGUAGACCGGCUCUGUUCUUACAGGGAUCUGGAAAUAAAGCUUAUGGAGAGAGAAUCACAA